ACUGUGCUCAGGUAUUUCUGUGCAUCUUGUGCUGCAAUACCUGAGUUUCACCACGUGGUGUCACUAGAGAGCAAGACUAGAAUUAAUUCAAACGUAGAAGAAGAAACGUUUGCAUGAUGUCUCACUCUGCUGCUUUUUUCUUGGACGAGACUUUCUGAGAGUUUAUUGUAGAUUUUCUCUGAAAUAGAGAUGUAAUUACAUUUAAAUAUUAACUCAAGCACUUAUUAGACAUGUGUUUACUGAAGAGGAUCUUUGUCCUGUUUGUGUGUUUCAGUCUCCUUGCUACUUUGUCUCCAUUUCUCUCUGAAACAAUGAUCAAAACUGGACUUUUGGGGCUGAGGAAUGUCUUUGGACGUGGACAGGUGCUUUCUGCAGCUGCUGCGAGAUCCUUGCACAGCCAGGCCCAGCCCUCAGGAGAGCAUGUCCCCCCGGCACGUCCAGAAACCUCCAGCGCCAGGUCCAUGAUGGACUUCGGGACCCGCCGGAUCUUCAACGAGGACCACGAUCUCCUCAGAGAGAGUGUGAGGCGCUUCUUUCUGGAGGAAGUGGUUCCACAUCACAAGGAGUGGGAGAAGGCCGGCCAGGUGAGCAGGGAGGUGUGGGAGAAAGCCGGUGAGCAAGGCCUCCUGGGAGUGAUGGUACCAGAGCACCACGGCGGCAUUGGAGCUGACCUGUUUUCUGCUGCGGUCACAUGGGAGGAGCAGAUGUACUCCAACUGCACAGGCCCGGGUUUCGCCUUGCACUCUGAGAUCGUCAUGCCUUACAUCGUCAACUACGGCAGCCAGGAGCAGAUCGAUCGCUUCAUUCCUAAGAUGCUUUCUGGGAAGUGCAUCAGCGCGAUUGCAAUGACGGAGCCAGGAGCAGGAAGUGAUCUUCAAGGUGUCAGGACCAACGCUAAGAGGGACGGCAGCGACUGGAUCCUCAACGGCAACAAGGUGUUCAUCACAAACGGUUGGAUGGCGGACCUUGUCGUGGUGGUUGCUGUGACGAACCGUGAGGCGAAGACGGCGGCGCACGGCAUCAGUCUGUUCCUGGUGGAGGACGGCAUGAAGGGAUUCCAUAAAGGACGCAAGCUGGAGAAGAUCGGCCUGAAGGCGCAGGACACGGCUGAACUGUUUUUUGAGGAUGUGCGGCUUCCAGACAGCGCCCUCUUGGGAGGCCUCAACAAGGGUUUCUACUACCUGAUGAAUGAGCUGCCUCAGGAGCGUCUGAUGAUCGCUGACAUGGCCAUAGCGAGCGCUGAGUUUAUGUUUGAGGAAACCAGGAACUAUGUGACGCAGAGGAAGGCUUUCGGCAAGACGAUCGCUGACCUGCAGACUGUGCAGCACAAGCUGGCCGAGCUGAAAACAGAGAUCUGCGUGGGUCGAUCCUUCCUCGAUAACUGCCUUCAGCUCCAUGCUGAGAAGCGUCUGGACCCCAGCACAGCUUCCAUGGGCAAGUACUGGGCAUCUGACCUCCAGAACAAGGUGGCCACUCAGUGCCUGCAGCUCCAUGGAGGGUGGGGCUACAUGUGGGAAUACCCCAUUGCCAAGGCCUUUGUGGACUCCCGCAUUCAGCCCAUCUACGGAGGCACCAACGAGAUCAUGAAAGAGCUGAUCGCACGCACCAUCGUCAGCCAGAAGUGAGAACAGGCAGGAGAG